AUGAAUACAAAAUCAGAUGUUUAAAAUAAUAACUUAAGCUCUCCCUCAAAAAGCUAGGAGUCUGAGCAAAUACUAAACUAGAUUAACGAGGCUCGUCACUUUAAAAAAGAUGGAGGAUAUAAAUAGAUUAAAUAACUUUUGAAAAGCUAGGAAGAACAUAACUUAGCAGGAAGCUCUUUUAAUGAACCAAAGGUGUACAGACCCUUCUAAGUUCCACCAGACUUUGAAUAAGCGCGCCUCCAUGGGUAGGCAAAAAAAAUUGGCAAAAUAAGCAGAUACACAAAGCUGUUAGAAAGUGGCCAGUGUUGCAUCUGCUGUAAAUUACCAUUCAAAAAGAUUCCUUUUAAAAUCAAGGAAAGAAUAGAAAAGUUUGCAUCAUUAGGACCAGCAUUCACUUUAUUCUUUUAUUACAAUAAGCAAAUGUCAUUUAUUCUAAUGCUUGUCUUUUUAGUUGGAGGAUUGCAGAAUUUGAUUGACACCUACAAAUCAUGUGAAAAUUCAGAUGUUUGCUAGAGUUUUAUGGGAAUUAUUUAUUCUAAAUAGACAUAAAGAAAUUGUUACAAUGACUUUUUUACUUAGCAGCUGCUUAACUUUAUAACUUUUUGGGUAUUAUUUUUUGGAGUGAUUAUUUUCAAGAUAUUACAAGAUGCAAAAGAUAAAUAAAUGAAGAAGAAAAUGCCCAAUCAUAGCGAUUUUACAAUCAUGAUAAAGAAUGUGCCUGAAACAAAUUGUGAGGAAGAAUUUAAAUCAUUCUUAGAAGAAAAGUUGCUUCCAAAUAGAAAACUAGACAUAGCAAACAUAAAUAGAGUAUUCAAAAUUUAAGAAUAUUUUGAUUUAGCUUAAGAAAAAAUCAAAUUAGUUAAUGAAAGAGAGAAGCUAAAAAGAGAGUUAACACGUCUUUCUGAAAAGGUUUAAAAUGAAUAUAGAUUCAAUUUAGACUCAUAAAAUCUCUCCGAAAGUAACCAGCAAGGAUUACUUUAAAAAAAAUAGUUGAAAAAAAGUAUGAAAAAAUUAAAUAAAGAUUAUAUGGAAAAAAAAGAAACCAAUGAAAGUCAGUUGGCUAAAAACUAAGCUAGAAUGACUUAUCUUGAAAGUAAAUAUUAAGACUAUUCUAGCGAAGGAAUAAGAACUGCAAUUGUUUUCGUUACUUUUAACAAAUUUGAGGAUUGCCAAGCUGUUAAAGAUAAAUAUUUCAAGCCUGGUUUUAAAAAUAAUUUAAGUUUCAAAGGAAGAUUAUUAAAGUUUAGAAUAGCUUUUGAGCCUUUAGACAUCAUUUGGGAAAAUCUAGAAACCCCUUAUAGGACAAAGCUUUUGAGAAGAUCCAUUUUUCUUUUGAUGGCUCUUUUGCUCACAACUGGUAGUCUUGUAGCCGUUUCUUCUGUUUCAUAAUGGCAAAAGUCUCUUAUUAAGGAAAAAAAUGAAGGCUAGAUUACUGAGAAAGACUUUAAAGAUAGCAUGGCUUCUUAUGCUCUUUCUGUCUUUUGUACUGUAAUUGUAGCAACAAUUAACAGUUUAUUAACAAUAAUAAUAACAUUAUUCUCAAAAUAUGAAAAACAUAAUACAUUUACAUCUACUUCUGUUUCAGUAAGCUUAAGACUAAGCUGGAUCUAAUUUAUAAAUACAGCUCUUGUACCUUUUGUAAUACUGCUGAUUCUUUCUCCUUCUGAGAAUUUAUAAGACCAAAAUGAUUAAGAAUUCUUAUAAUAUGUUAUUCAAAAUAUUUUUUUCAUUUUUAUUGGAAAUGCUAUUUUUGUUCCUCUUGUAACUAUGUAUGAACCAGAAUACCUCUGGAAGAAAAUAUAUCGUUGGUGGGUAGUUAGAAAUGCUCCUUUUUGUAGAAAGACUUAAUAAUAACUAAAUGAAAUAUUUGAAGACCCUGAGUUUUUAAUUUAAGAGUACUAUGCAAUAGUGAACAGAAUUAUAUUAUCAGGCUUUUUUUAUGCAACUAUGCUUAGUUUGGGCAUUUUAAUUAAAGGAAUUACAAUGAUAAUGCUUUUUUGGGCCUUUAAAUUUACUUUUAUUAAUCACUCAGCAUAUCCAAAGUGCCUUUCCAGCGGUUUAAAUUCUUAAAUGCAACAAGUUAUGUUCUUUAUACCAAUUAUAUUCACUGUUGGAAACCUUAUGUAUGGAAAAUUCUUCUUAAAGUGUGAAAGCUCAAAUUUAUUUACUACAUUCAAUAUCAUUCAAAUCACUUUCGGAUUUCUCUUAAUUAUUUUUCAUAGUAUAUUUGUUACUUUGGCUGAGAGAUUUCACAAGUCAAAGAUAAAUUUUGAGAAUUAUAUAUUUGAGAAAUUAGUUAUGGGUUUAAGCUACUAACAAGCAAAUCCUAUCACAAGAGCUUUUAAUCCAGAAAAUAAGCAUAUUGAAAUGCUGCCAUCAAAAGAAAUGCAAUCAUCUCUACUUCUGGAUAAUUCUAAUGAAUAAAUAGGGAAAUCUAACCACUCCUAAGUUUUGGUGGAAUCUUUAAAAUAGAAAACCGUCAACAUAAGAUAAAAGGCAUAACUCAAUAUGCAAACAAAUAAUUUAAAAUCAUCUUCCGUCGAAUUAUAGAAAAGUCUUAAGGAUAGUUUAAAAAUUUAAAACUUUAAUUCUAUAGACUAAGCAUUACCAUUAUCUCCUUAAUAAGUUGUUUUAUCUAAUAACUACACUUCUAAUUCUAUAAUUGAUUAUGCCUUUACAAAUAUUUUAUUAAGAAGAGAAAGAGAAAAUCAAAUUAUUAGUGCUGCUUUUGAAAGAAAGAAGACUAUGCUCAUCCGUAGAGGGAGCUUAGGAGCUGAUCAUAUUUUUAAUGAGUCAUAAAAUGAAGAAGAAGAGGAUGACGAUGAUGAAGAUGAAGACAUUAUUGAAGACGAAGAUUUAUUAGUAGAAAAUCAUGAUGUAGAAAAAAACAAAAAUACAGAAAACUUAUAAAGCAAUUAAUCAGAAGUUAGCAUUUAAAAAAAUAAUUUAUAAUAUUGA